AUGGGCAUUCCGAAAUACCAUAAAUGGCUGGAGCAGCGAUACCCUGAUGCGUUCAAAGAGGCUCACCAGGAGCAAGCUGAUCAUGUGUACGUGGACAUCAACACCAUGCUCCACGAUUGCAUGCGACACGCGACCAGUGCGGAUGGCUUCUACCAGCAUCUGUUUGCCAAGCUUGAUGCUCUCUUCCGCACCGUGGUGCCAAUCAACAGCGUCUAUCUCGCCGUUGAUGGUCCUGCUUGCUGCGCGAAGUGUUUGACACAGCGACAGCGCCGCAGGGCACAUGCCCAGAAGGAUGCCAAGAGCGCAAAAGGGAAAGGCAAAGGCAAGCGAGGAAAGUGGGGUGCAGAUGGAGCCUCACCACUAUCCAAUAACAUGCUCACACCUGGUGUGCCAUUCAUGACAAGCUUGACAGCCGCGCUCGAGUAUUAUGCCGCAAGUCGCUUGUACCCAGGCGGGUGCUUCAGCAGGUGCCAUGCAGCCACCGUCAGCGGGGCGCAGGCUGUCGGCGAAGGCGAGCACAAGAUUGUUUCUCAGAUGCUGCGCAAUGCUGCUGCAGCUACAGCAGGUGGCUCUGCAGAGGAAACCCACGUCAUUUCUAGCGGGGAUGCUGACAUUUUCUUGCUAUCUCUUGUGCAAAGCACCUGCCGUCGCGUACGAGUGGUCUCAGAAAGACCGGAUGAGGGUGGCCAGGGCAAGAGACGCAGGGGCAUGAUUUUGCAGAUCUGGAACGCCGAGGUGCUUUCAAAAUACAUUCUGUCUGAGCUGAAAUGUCCGGGCACGCGCAGCGCGCCCGAUGAAGCUGCGUUGCGCCGGGACUUUGCAUUGCUAUCCCUCCUGGGAGGAAACGAUUAUCUGCCCGAGCUGAAGUGUGGCAUGGGUGCCCAGCAGCUCUGGGAACAGUACCUCAGUUUACGUCGGAAGCAGUUCGCUUCAACAUCGCUCAUCCAGGGCUCCGUUGUAGAGGAAGGGCUGCCGCUCUCACAUUUGGAGGGAGGGUGGGCAUACGAGUUGGGCGAAAGAGGGGCUGCUUUCAUUGCAGAGCCAUAUGAACACUUCUCUUUCUACCUGCCGUUUCUAUCCAAGCUUAUGACGAUUGCAGCCGGAGGUGCAGUUGCGAAAGCUGCUGUAUGCGACAGAACGGCUGAAGGUGUCCGCAAGUACCUCGAGGGACUUCUUUGGAAUUUGGAGAUGUAUCAUCAUGGAUACUGCGGUGAUUUUUACUACGUUUUAGAGAAGAGCUUGCAAAGCUUUGCCAGUGCCCGAGUGAUUGCGCAGUACGUCUCCUCCCUUGAUGCUGAUGACAUUGAUCCCUUGGCUCCUCCAAGGUCAGAGUUUGGCCCCAUGCGACCUAUUUCCUGCGCGAUCUGCGUCCUGCCUGUGCAGCAUGCAGAACAGUUCCUGUGCCCUGCAGCACCCAUGCUGCGACCGAUGUUUAAAGCGGACCACCCAUUGCUGGGUGCCGUGAACUCCAUCGAGCUUUCUGAGGAGCUCCAGGAGUGCAAGAAGAAGACCGCUGCUCUUCACCAGCAGAUGAUGAGCCUACGUGCGCAGGGCCGCGAUGAUUCAGCGGUGAAGGCACAGCUGACAAUUGCACAGCAACGCACCGAGUCCCUCAAGAAGGGUGGCAGCGAUAUCGACCUAGUUCCGCUGUGGGAGGUGGACGCGGAGGUUGCUGAGAAAUGUGCUUCCAAGGGCUUGCCAGAGUUGGAGUUCAGACUUGAUGUUUCGCUGGUGCGCGGGGAUGGCGAAGCCUUCACUCUUCCGGCUCCUGCCCGUGGCAUGAGGCCCGCACAGUGCAAUGGCGUUGUCUACAUAGAAGGGGAGUGGCCAUCGGCAGAGAAUGAGCCCCAAGGGGCGUCAGAAAAUGGCGAGGUGUUGGGUGAAGAGGCAGCAAACGAAGAGGAGCUUCAAAACGACCUUGAAGAAGUUGCGGAGGAGCUUGAGCCGGGGGUUGUCUUCGAAGUGGGGGCCACAAUCCAGGCCUACUGGCCGGAGGAUGGAACCUACCUCCCUGCCACUAUAACCCAGGUAUAUGACGACGGCUCCUUCCAGAUUGUGUGGGAUGAGGACGGAUCUCAGAGCGACGUGCCGGCGGAUUAUGUGCAGAUGCUUGGUGAGGGUACCGAGCCUGAUGAACCACCUGCAAAACGGCCGCGUGUUGUUAGCUGA